UCUCCGACUGCGGAAGAAGCCACUGACCCCUUUGGUGCCAAGCAUCACGCCUUCCCUCUCGGCUCCCGGUCGCCCUAACUUCUCCACACCGCUCCACUAGGCGCAAAUUGCAAUUUCAAGGCCGAAGGGCUUCUCUUCCCGACAUCAACAAUUCACCAGGCGACUCCAACGAAGUGCAUCGAGGGCCUGAGCCCGAGAACCUUAUCGAAUAGCCAAGUGUGCGGCCACAAACACGAAAACCACCAUCCAGCUAAGCAUUUGAAGCACGCCGCGCCCGGCGCAAUGAGCAACAGGAACGGUCCGCCCCCACACGGCGCGGUCGCCAGGCCCGCGAACUUCGGCAGACCCCCGAAUCGUUUCGUCCGCGUUCCUCCAGAGUACCGACGUGUGACUCUCUUCAGGGAGAGCGAGCGGCUUGCUCACCUCUGGAAGAUAGAGACCAACUGCGAAGUAGUGUCACACUGGGACCAUAGCAAGAUCGUCCGAUUUGACGUGUACGGCUCUGGCUCGAAUCUGGACAAAGCAGAGCGGCAGAUCAACGAUUGGAUUCUCAAUGCAAACACCAAGUCCAAGGAGUCCUCCGCCUGGGCGAAGUGUCCCGCAUUCGACAAUGACAAGUGGUACUACAAAGAGGUGCAGGAGAUGGAGAGGGAGCGGAAGCAAAUGUUCAAGCAUCCGAUUCCAGAAGGAUUAGAAGUCCCCUACAAGAUAGUCGUAGACUGGCCAAAAGAUCUGGGCGACCACAGCGAGCCGGUCAUCCCAAAAGAUGUAUUCGGUACCGGACUCGAGGCUCUGGAUACUAUCCGAAUGGAUGACGAGGUCUGGAUCACUCCACUUGACCUUCGGCGCAUUGAAAUUUCAGGCUUCGACAUAGCCCGUGUUGACUCUGCCGAACAGCACUACUUCACCAUGAUCCAGAAGGCUCGGACGAGUAAAUUCGCUGCACCGUUCCCCCUCCACAUGAUCCUCGAUGACAGAGAAGGCAUGGAUGUGCUUCUCGAAGAAGUUGAACGUUGGUGGCCAAACCGAACGAGUCAUGGAAUCGUACCUCGUCUUAUUUAUCACCCAAUGAUGAACAUACCGGGUGCCUUUCGUCAGGACGGUUUACAUUUCACUGACCUCUCAACUAUCCAACGCGCGAUCCAGCUUGCGCUCGAGUCAGCCCGAUAUGAGAAAGGCUAUUACGACUUCUGCAUUCGUUAUGGGUGCUUUGCGCUUAGUUCUGAGAAGAUGCCUCACAGUGAAAUUGGGAAGAACUACCCCAAGGAGCACUUCUUAAAGGCCCUUGAGACACGGAUUGAUAGCGAGGCCAAGAAAUGGCUUUUCCCUGACAAGGAGGGUGAUCGGCUUCUCGCUCGCCUCGUAGCCGCGGGCGAUCUCCUAGAGCCGACAAAGUCCGCCGGGUUCUUCGGAUACAAACCACCGUCGUUGGAUGAAACCCGUCCGAUGCUGCGAGGCACCUGGGUGUUUCACGAUCCCAACGCACGUAUCGUGAACACGCAGGUCUUCAACCGUCACCCUGGGAGGCCAGGGCCUCAGAAGCAAGAGAGCAAUGAGAAAACCAAGGCUGCACCCACGUAUAGUCUUAUCGUGGUGCAAAUAGACUGGACAGAUGACGAGGAGGGAGUGUAUGAGAAAAUGGAACCGAGGUAUUUCCAACUCAGGCCUGGUCACGCCGGUCCGAAGCAGAACAUGGACAUCAAGCUGCUAGAGUUAGGCGAGGGGCGAGCAUGGCAAUUCAGUCUGGAAUCCAUGACGCCGUUGUCCAAGAAGCUCGUCUCACCCGCGUUGCGUGGCUUUGCCGACCAGGUCCAGAUGAAGCUGUGCUACGACAUGCACUCGAAAGAAGGCUUUGCAGAAUGGCCUAACAUCAAAAGUCUGAAGAUUCAUACCGGCCGCUUGGAUAAGAUCUACACCUUUGGCAUCCAGAAGACUGGCUACAAAGUUGAGGCCGUUAGCAUGUGGUACCCACAGCAGCGGGCACCUUGCUGGGGCAUCAACGUGCGCCACAGCGAGUGGGCCACACAUCUGUGCGAGCUGGAGCGCCUUCCCGUCGGACGUGCGGCCGAUUGGGGAGACACAGUCUCCACUUUCCUUCCGGACAACGGACUCACAUCAAGUGUUACUCAAGAGAACGGCGACGACCUCGGCGUUCCAAACCUGCGGCUAAGCAAUAAUAUCGAGCCUCCGCCACGAGAUGGUAUCCGGUUGCUGAUGGAGAAGCUCAUGAAGCUAUCGGAAGUCGUCAAUAGCUCCGGUGGCGUUACCAUUGGUAAUAUUACGGUGGAGACUCACGAACCGAAGGAAAAGCCCAAGGAGAAGCCCGAUGUGAAACUCAAGGACAAGAAGGUCACCAGGAAGUAUUAGGCAUUGAAGCACUUCUGGCUCCAGUUUGCGGAGUCAGGACAUCCAGGCACGCGAGCCAUGGCCUGGCCCAUUCUUUCCGGCAUUGACACACACACUUCUACCUAAUUGUUUCCCCUUUCCCAUAGACUUCCCGCACGCUGAUUUCCCCCUGUCU